AUCCCUCGCUCCCCAGUGUCGCCUUGGUAACAACGUGAAAGGGGGUUCUCGCUCUGAGGAAGGACGAGGCGGAGAGAUACCAGGAGCAGGCACACUUCACCUGGUUUUUAAUCCACGCUACGGGCUUAUAUCUGACUCUUGCAGGAUCUCAUCUACCGGCGAAGCCAGCACCUGCUGCAGACAUGUCAGACGUGGUUCCUCCAGAGGUAAGACCUAAGCCUGUGGUCCCUGCCAAGCCUCCAAAUGUUGGGGCUCCAUCCCCAUCCAGCCACUUCCCCCUCCAGGGGCUUGGCUUGGGUGGUGGUGGUGUCUCUGCGCCACCUCCAAGUGCCAUCCCUGUGCCGAUUGGGAGUCAUGGUCCCAGUCAUGUGAGCACCCAUGGCAUCGGCCACGGUGGGAGUCAUGGUGGAAGUCAUGCUCACGGCAUAGGCCAUGGCGGCUCUAACAGCACAAGUGGAGGAUCCACCCUGCUGGGCUACAUUGGUAUUGACACCAUCAUUGAGCAGAUGAGGAAGAAGACGAUGAAGACUGGCUUUGACUUCAAUAUCAUGGUAGUAGGUCACAGUGGUCUGGGGAAGUCCACUCUGGUCAACACCUUGUUCAAGUCUCAGGUGAGCCGGAAGAGUGCAGGGUGGGCUCGUGACGAGAAGAUUCCCAAAACAGUGGAGAUCAAAUCUGUCUCGCAUGUGAUCGAGGAGGGGGGUGUGAAGAUGAAGCUGACAGUGGUUGAUACUCCAGGUUUUGGGGAUCAGAUCAACAACGACAACUGCUGGGAGCCCAUUUCUAAGUACAUCAACGAGCAGUUUGAGAAGUUUCUGAAGGAAGAAGUCAACAUCACGAGGAAGAAGCGGAUUCCUGACACAAGAGUCCACUGCUGCUUGUACUUCAUCCCUCCAACUGGACACUCACUCAGGCAGCUGGACGUGGAAUUCAUGAAGCGCCUGAGCCACUCAGUCAACAUCAUUCCAGUGAUCGCCAAGUCGGACACCUUGACUGCCGAGGAGAGACAGGAGUUCAAACAGAGGGUGAGGAAGGAGCUGGAGAUGGGUGGGAUCGAGUUUUAUCCUCAGAAGGAGUUCGAUGAAGACAUGGAGGAUAAAAGCGACAACGACAAGAUCAGGGAGGCCAUGCCCUUUGCCGUGGUGGGCAGCGACAAGGAGUAUCAAGUGAAUGGGAAGAGGGUUUUGGGGAGGAAGACUGCAUGGGGAGUUGUCGAAGUGGAGAAUCCAAAUCACUGUGAGUUCGCGCUCCUGAGAGACUUUCUGAUCAGGUCUCACCUGCAGGACUUGAAGGAGGUCACUCACAACAUCCACUAUGAAACCUACCGUGCCAAGAGACUGAACGACAACGGAGGUCUGCACCCCAUCUCAUCUGACACGCAGGAGAGCAACCUGUGACCAGUGCCACCGACUAAAACACAAGCUGAGCGAUGAAGCUGAAGUAUAUUAGAGUCCCGUCAUAUCCGCAUGCUCUGCAAACACGAGUAACAAUAUCAUUCCGUAUAUUUAUUUAUUUAUUUGCAUUUCACGAUUCAAUGCUCGAUCUCCCACUGCAACUACAGCUACUGUUUACUGCAUUCGUUUUGAAAAGGUCACGACGAGGUGUGAAGAGAAGCUAUUGGUUCUGAUGUGAAAGCGCGUGAGAGAGGCUUCACCUGAGGCGGACAUCCACUGCCGAAACCUUGACGCUGUUUGGAAGUGCCAUAUUCCGUGUGUAACCUCACCUUCGAUCCUGUGGCAUCUGAUGUCAUCACUCCGCACUGUUUACAUCUGUGACCUUUGCUCUCUGGGGUUAAAGGUUAUGGACCAUCCAGGGUCCUGCUGUUGGGUUUUUGAGGGCCCAGCUUAUGAAUCCUCAGCAAUUGAGAAGGUGGGAAUUUUAUCUCGAGUUUUUGUGUUGUUUUGUUACUGUUUAGUGGCCUGUCAGCCUCUUUGCCUCAACUGCUGUAUGUCACAUUGAGAAACAACCUUGCCACCCGAGACACUUCCUCGGUGGUUUUUACCUUUGGACAAGCUGAAAUCUGUUGUAUGAUCCCUCGUCAAAUCUGGUUUUUGGUGCACUGUAAUUUAGCCAGCUAUAUUUGUUUUAAAUAAAACGAAUUGCCGUGCCAUAUUUGCGCCCCGAACCUUGAGUUGGAUGCAUGUGCUCUCGAGGUUGUUGGUGUCCAAACACUAGAACUCAACAUGCACUCCAACAGUGUCUCCAGGAGGCUGCUUCUUAUCAUUUGUUUUAAUAAUCGGAAACAUUUUAAAUAUUAAUGGGGGUGGUCCAAAACCUUUGGCCCAGACUGCAGAGACCCUCAGACAUCUCAGUAGAUGUUGCGACUGUGAUUCGAAUCCUGAGGAGCAACAAUGUCAGGAGAAACUGUCUGUCAAUGUUAAGAGUUCAAACCCUAUUACAAGAACAUUAAAAGAGAUUCAAGCGUGCAGAAUGAAACCCCGUGUGGCGGCUGCACUACACCAACAAUUGAGUGCAAACUCAGGACAGUCAGUCUUUCUCCAACGAUAAGAGCGCUGCAUUUAAAUAAAGGCAGCCGCAGCCAGCGGGGCUUCCCACUGACGCGCGCCCUUAAAGCAGAGCGGUGUCCGCUCAGGUGCGCCGCGCUGCGCCGCAGGUGGUGUCGAUUCAAGGGAGUGGACAAGCGCACAGACUGUUUCAAAUCAUUUCUUUCCUCUGUCAAAGAAUACUCUGUUUGGAAUAUCAGUAUAUAUAUGUGUGAAUAUGCCAAGAUAAAUACAAUAUAGAUGUGCUGCUGUCUUGUGCCAUGUCGUUGUCACCACAGUGGAGCUCUUGUUCUGUUCGGGUGUGUGAUUGUGAGGCUUCCCACUAGGUGGCAGCACACAACCAUCAAUACAUUCAGGAUCCACUCCACAACCUGAAAUCAUAAAAGAUAUGUUCAUUUUGACGUCACUGUCGCUGUUUUCCACCGCAAUUGGAAUUUUCAAAACUACAACAAUAUUGCCAAUAAAGCUAUCAUCCUUCUUUAAUCUGGGCAUUUUGAUCCUAACAUGUUGCUUUUUCGUGUUGCAUAUUCAUAGCAUUUGAGUUCUCAUCGUCUGUUAAUACUUUUUCUGUUCAAGUUCUGAGUCAAGAAUAUGACUUUCAUUCAAGUGAUUAGUCGGGAAGUUAACUUUUUGUAUUGUCUCAAGUUGUUUAUACUUUAAUGUUUUGUAUUAUUUAUUGUUUUUGUCAUGUGAGUCAUAAUAAAACAGAAAUAAUAUG